AUAGACUGUUAUGUUGCACAAUGUUGUGACUUAAUGGGCAUAUGAGUGUGUCACAUUAUUAUCUAAUGAGCUCUGUUUUGUGUUGGAAUUGCAGACCGGUUUUUGGUUUCCCAAAACAACUCCGGCCCGGGCCUCAGUCCGCGGUCUAGAGUUUGAUUGCGGGCGGUGUUGAGACUGAAGCCCGUCGGCGUGUAGCUGUUAGACAGCCCCUGCACCCUACCACCAUCAUGGGAGACAGUAGAGAUUCCCACAGCCCAGACAGUUCGUCUAUGUCCUCCCCUCCAUCAGACCAGCGCUCACCUCCGCUGGUUCCCUCCGCUGCUUCCAUGACCUCCCUGCCUCCCAUCACCACCUCAGGGGUCAACAGCCCCAUCAGUAGCAUCGGCUCCCCCUUUUCUGUCAUCAGUUCUUCUCUGGGCUCGCCAUGUCUGCCUGGUACGCCAUCGGUGGGCUACGGCCCCAUUAGCAGCCCACAGAUCAACUCAACAGUGUCCAUGUCAGGGCUUCAUGCAGUGAGCAGCUCCGACGAUGUGAAACCUCCGUUAGGCUUGAAGCAGCUGUCGUGUCACAGCCCAGGGCCGAUGCUUUCGCAGAAACGGCUUUGUGCCAUCUGCGGAGACAGAUCCUCUGGUAAGCACUAUGGUGUCUACAGCUGUGAGGGCUGUAAAGGCUUCUUCAAGCGCACAGUACGCAAAGACUUGACCUACACUUGUCGGGACAGUAAAGACUGUAUGGUGGAUAAGAGACAGAGGAACCGCUGCCAAUACUGCCGCUACCAGAAGUGCCUGGCCAUGGGCAUGAAGAGAGAAGUGGCCACGAUGAACGACAGAUCUGUCCAAGAGGAACGGCAGAGAAACAAGGAACGAGAGGGCGAGAUGGAGUCGUCUAGUGCUGUGAACGAGGAGAUGCCAGUGGAGAAGAUUUUGGAAGCGGAGAUGGCUGUAGAGCAAAAGACCGAGCUUCAUGCAGACGGAAGUUCAGGUGGCAGCUCUCCCAACGAUCCUGUCACCAACAUCUGUCAGGCAGCAGACAAGCAGCUCUUCACCCUGGUGGAGUGGGCUAAGAGGAUCCCUCACUUCUCUGAGCUGGCCCUGGACGAUCAGGUCAUCCUGCUACGUGCAGGAUGGAAUGAACUCCUGAUUGCAUCGUUUUCUCAUCGCUCCAUCUCGGUGAAGGACGGCAUUUUACUGGCCACCGGCCUGCAUGUCCACAGGAACAGUGCUCACAGUGCAGGUGUUGGAGCCAUCUUUGACAGGGCGCACAAUGCCGAGGUUGGGGCCAUAUUUGACAGAGUUUUGACAGAGCUUGUAAGCAAGAUGAGAGACAUGCAAAUGGAUAAGACGGAGCUCGGCUGCCUUCGAGCCAUCAUCCUCUUCAACCCAGAUGCCAAGGGUUUGUCCAACCCCAGCGAGGUGGAGCUCCUGAGAGAGAGGGUGUACGCAUCUCUUGAGUCUUACUGCAAACAGAAAUACCCAGAUCAGCAGGGCAGGUUUGCGAAGCUCCUCCUCCGGCUCCCAGCACUGCGCUCCAUUGGUCUGAAGUGCCUGGAGCACCUGUUCUUCUUUAAACUGAUUGGAGACACGCCCAUUGACACCUUCCUGAUGGAGAUGCUAGAGGCGCCUCAUCAGAUCACCUAGAGGAGCCAGGUUCAGUCCGGUCAGGAUCCGAUGCACAGCAGGAUCACCAACACGUCACCCCAUGUUGGGUCUUUGGCUCCUCUCAUGGGGCCUCACUUAAAACUGCUGCACCUGCUGGCUUUAAUGUACUGGCUCUCUCUCACAUGCACGCACACACACACACACACACACACACACACACACACACACACACACACACACUGUCUAAUUAUGUUCACACAUGCAGAGCCUAAUUUGCAUACAUGAAUUGAAAUGCGAACAUAAUUAUUACACAGAUGAUAUGGCUCUGAAUGAACUAUGCGAAUACACACUCAAACACACAUUUACACCUUUUCCCAUAAUCAGUUUUCCACCGUGGGGGUUAGGAUUCGAGGAAUAUAUCCCCUUUUUAUCACACAUAUUCAGUAAAUGUCUUAAUUGUAAGUUAGCCUUCAGUUUCACAUCCUCAUCUCACAGUGGGUUUUUGCUUCUGCGUAACUGGUAUAUUUUCCCUGUUUUUAAUUGGGUUACUUAGUUUCACUGCUAGCGGCACCUGUGUAUUUAUCCAUCACUAUCUGGUUAGUUAUUCAUGUAUGGUUUUAGCUUAAAAGGUGCGUAGCAUUUAAAUCAACUGCCCAUCAUCAAACUAAUUCUCUUCCUAUUUGUCAGGAUUGUCCUAUAACGGACAGGCAGACACACCCUCCCAGUGAGUUCAUCCAAUCUCGUAAACAUUUAAAUACUUUAUUUUUAAUAUUCAUGCUGAAACUUGUUUGAGUUUCUAUUUUGAAGUACUGUACUCAUGAAAUGAGAGCUUUUUCCAAGGCAUUGAAAUCCAGGAAAAGGGGAGUGGGAGCACUUUGUUAAACAAACUUUGUCCCUCCCACCCUGAUGCGCACAGCGGGCUUUGUAAGACAAGAAGACUGACUUGAAUUUUAUUUUUUCUUCCUAGUUUUGAAUUUAAUCCUUUUCUCUAUUUUGGCAGUUGGUUGGCAUUUUAAACAGCUUGAGGUUUGCAGGAAGUACAGCUUCAUGCAAGACAAAUCAUAGUUGUCUGUCUUUUAUCUCCUGUUUCCUCCAAAUCCUCCUUUUGCUGUUGGUCAUGUAUGCACUUUUGUGAGUUGUAACUGUGUAAAUGUUCCUGUUUCCUAAAAAAUGAUUGUAUAUUAUCAAACACCUAAGAUGACCCUGAAGGUACUAUGUGUAGGGUUUUCCAAUUAUUGCAUCCAUUUUUUAAUCAGAUGUGAUGAUUUUUAUAGAAUUUGCUAAAUAAUUGGCCACUUCUUGUAAUAAGAACCAGGUUUGGGACUUGGAACUCGGCUGGUGGCAGGUGUGUUGGUCUGUCCUAACAGCCAGUCUAGCUCUUGAUUGGUUGCUCUUUAUUCCAACCAUUUUAUUUGUAUCAACUCCAUAGGCUGUAGAAGAGAACAAAUGUUUCUUUGCCCUUUUAAAUAGUCUUGUGUAUAAUUGGUCAGCAUCUAUCUGAGUUGUUUGAGGCAUGGCUUUGUUUUCAAGAUGCUGCACUCUGUCCUCUGUAAAACAAGCAGAGAUGGAAAAUAUAGAGACCAGCUGAAACCAUCUGACAGUGGCAAUAAUUCAACAUUUCAUUUCACCAUUGUCAUCAAUCAAAGUCAAGUUUGGCCUAUCUGUAAUACAGAUCACCAUCAAUGGAUGGAUCACUGGCUGUGAGUAUAGAUUGAUAAACAAUGCAUAGGUUUUUGAAUUACUUGUGUGUUGUGUUACUGUAAUGCAAUAAUGAAAUUAGUUAGCGCUAUAAAAUGGAAAUCCUACACCUACUACCUGCAGCUUUGAAAUCUUUAUUCAGUGUUUAUUGGCUCAGUGCUUGCAACUUUUGUACAGUAGAUGUAAAUAAUACAAAAGAAAAAACAGUCAUGCAGAAACAAAGUCCUCUUCACAUUCACAUGAAUGUGAAAUAUGUGGCUCCUACAAAGAAAUUUAUAAGCUCUAUUUUUUCUUCUUCUGUUGAAUCAACAUUAGACUUGCCUCCCAUAUAUGGAAAUCACCAUGAAGUUAUUAUUGAGCCCAGGGCCAAACCACACCUCACUGUUGCUUUUGCACUAACUUCUGCCAGUGUUUGUUGUUUUUGGAAAUUGAUUGGCUGAAUUUUUCAUUGACAAUUGCUCUUUACGUUUACUGUGAUUGAAAUUUGUGGCCAACUGAAUCUGAGCAUUGCAGUGAAAAGUCAAAUGCAGCUACCACAUGAUCGGGAGAAAUACACUAAACUAUGAAUUAACAGUCUACGCAUGCUCAAAGGUGAGCAAUACUGGGGUACACAAAGAUUUAUUACCUUUUUUUUUUUGUAUUUAAGACAGUGUUGACAUUGUGAGGUAUGUUUAGCCUUCUUAUUAGUCACCACGUUUAAUAUCAAUUAGAAACAUACAUUUUGCAGUAUCAUUCUACAGGGAAGAGGUAUAGCUGACCUCUACCAGGUGCUAAAUAACUAAAAUGGUCUUUUAGUUUUAAGACAUGCACAUUUACAUCAAUGCAAA